AAGGGACAAUCAAGUGACACUGUGACACCAAGUUUUGACAAUUUAUCGGCAGUAAGUGGUUUAUUUCAACCAAAGAAACUAAGUCAAUUCUUGAUAAUUAAAUAUUUGUGUUUUGAAUGCCGAUCGACUAAAUGGCGAAAAACACGUCAAGUUCUGCCUUUCGUAAGAUCGAUAUCGAUCAAUAUAAUGAAGAUAACUUUAAAGAAGAUGAAGCAGAACAAUCGAUUCCUACUGGACCGGAUGAAGGCGAAGUUUGCGCUUUAUUGAAUCAAGGUCGAUAUAUUGAUGCCCUGAAGGUUGUUCUGAACAAUGCACCAGUAGGAUCAGCCAACCAACAAAUCAAAGACAAUGCCUUAGCAUUGACUUUGAAAGUGCUACUCGCUAUCAAGUCUACACAAAUUGAAGAGGCUGUGGGUAAUCUAUGUCUGGAUGACAUAGAUAUACUGAUGAAAUAUAUUUACAGAGGAUUUGAAUGUCCCACAGAAGGAUCUAGUGGGCACCUGCUGCUAUGGCACGAAAAAGCAUUUAACAUUGGAGGCUCCGGAUCCAUAGUCAGAGUGCUAUCUGACAGAAUGAAAGUGUAAUAAUAUAAACAAUAUAAAUCUUUUAUAAACAAUAUAAAUGCUAAUAAAGUUUUCUUAUUUGAAAAUACACAAUAUUUCAUAACAAAGUCUUUACAGAUAGAUAUAAAUUAACAAACUGUAAAUGUCUUUAGUAACAGAUGUUUUCAACACAAAGGUCAAUAAAAUACAAAACAGUCA